AAACACCCUAUUUAAACUUGAAAAAAAAUAUAUUUUUUUUUCCUCUCUUCUUUUUUUUUUUCUUUUCCUAUUUAAAAAUGUUUGGCCCUACGUUUCUAUUCUUGACUGCAGUCGUUUUGGCUGCCAUCCUCAUGUUCUCGAUGGUCUUUUUUGUUAUUAUGUUUUCUGACUUGGAAUGUGAUUACAUUAACCCUAUUGAUCUCUGUAACAAACUCAAUCAAUUUGUCUUGCCCGAGAUGGGUCUUCAGGCAUUUGUGUUUUUCAUCUUUUUAGUCACUGGUCAUUGGUUCCCUAUGCUUAUUAACUUGCCCAUCUUGGUACUGAAUGUUCAAAAAGUCUUGAAUAACCAACAUAUGUAUGACGCAACUGAGAUUUUCCGUACAUUGUCCAAACACAAGAAAGAAAGCUUUAUUAAGCUUGCAUUCUAUGCUCUUUGCUUCUUUUAUUAUCUUUACCGUAUGAUUGUUGCUUUAAUUGCUUCAGACUAGAAAGGAACAAAGAAAGAAAGAAAGAAUGAAUGAAUGAAUGAGAGAGAGAGAGAGAGAGAGAGAGA